GUGUUGAUGUAGGAUUAGCUGAUUCCAUAGUAGAGGAAAUAGGAAAGGAGAGGAAAACAGCAUCAUGGUUCUAUGCUUAAUUACGGCCAGCUCAACUUUCAAUCUGCAGCCUGGAUGUUCAAGAUAUCUUCACAAAUGUAUGAGAAUCCAGAAUUGUGGGAGAUAUCUCAUGAAGCAUGUUGAUAUUACAAGGCAAAAGAUUAUCCCUUCUGCUAGGGUAGACACAGUUGGUUUGGAGGUUUUUGUAGUUUCAGACUUGCAUACAGAGUACGCGGAGAACAUGGCAUGGUUAAAGGGCUUACCAAAAAAGGGGAAGAAAAAGGAAGUUCUUCUCGUUGCAGGUGAUGUUGCGGAGACUUAUGAGAAGUUUGUGUUAACUAUGUCCCUCUUGAAGGCUAGUUUUGAGCAUGUGUUCUUUGUGCCCGGAAACCACGACCUUUGGCUCCGUAGGGAGAAAGAGAAUUAUAUUGAUUCUCUUCAAAAGCUGGAUAAAAUGCUUGAUGCAUGUCAGAGACUUGGAGUGGAAACUAAUCCUAGUGUCAUUGAUGGUUUGGCAAUUAUUCCUCUAUUCUCAUGGUAUCACGAGAGCUUUGAUAAGGAAAAGGACAUACCUGGCAUCCGCAUUCCUUCUUUGGAGCUGGCAUGUAAGGACUUCCGUGCAUGCAAGUGGCCCGACGGACUCACAAAUGGAGAUAACUCCCUUGCUACACAUUUUGAUGCCAUGAAUGACAAAAAUAAGGAUGCAGUCCAGGAAAUGCUGGCAAGCUGCAACCAGAUAAUUUCAUUCUCACACUUUAUUCCAAGACUAGAGCUUUGUCCAGAGAAGAGAAUGCUUUUCUAUCCUAACCUUCCAAAAAUGAUUGGUUCUGACUUUCUUGAGGCCCGUAUAAGAUACAUACACGGAGCUAGAGGGAACACAAAUGCUUGUCAUAUUUUUGGUCACACCCAUUUCUGCUGGGAUGUCCUGCUUGAUGGUAUCAGGUAUGUGCAGGCGCCAUUAGCAUAUCCAAGAGAGAGGAAAAGAAGAAUGAACGGAGGAGAAGAUUGGCUGCCAUUUUGCAUUUACUCUAAAGGUGAACUCACAGAGAAUAUGUCUCCCUGUUACUGGUCUGAUUAUUAUGCCUCUAAUCCUAGAACCCCUGAUGUAACUGAACUUGCCCCAUGGGUUGCCAGAUUCUAUCGUAAACUUUAGCAAUCUC